AUGGUGAGGGGCAAGAUUGUGAUUAGGAGGAUUGAGAACAUGAGAAGCAGGCAAGUCACCUUCUCCAAGCGGCGUCGUGGCCUGCUGAAGAAAGCACGUGAGCUGGCCAUCCUCUGCGAUGUCCAGGUCGGUGUCAUCAUCUUCUCCUCCACUGGUCGCCUCUACGAGUAUGCCAACUCCACCGCCACCACCACCAUGGGCACGACCAUGCCUUACAUCAUUCAAAACUACCAAUCUGCACAAGAGCAACAUCAACUAUUGAAUCCAUUGUCACAAGUCAUGUAUUGGCAAGGGGAAGUCUGGAAAUUACAGCAGGAAAUGCAGAUGCUUCAUUUGAAUGUCAGGAAGCUAAUGGGGGAGAGAUUCUCAAACUUAGGAGCCAAAGACUUAUGUUUAAUGGAAAAUCAGCUGGAGAAGGGCUUACACCGUAUUAGAGAAAAGAAGGUAUAG